AAACAGAACCAGAAUUUUAUCAGAUGUCUUGAUAGUUGAAAUGAGGAUAAAAAAUAAUCUUAAAGUUCAUACAAUACAAUCAUAGUUCAUUACUUCAAUGAAGUCACAUACUGUGUGUUAAAUAGUAAAAAUGUAAAAUGUUCAUAAUUAGUACUUACUUGUUAUACCAAUAUAUAUUAUGUGAUUUGAAUGUCGAAAAUUCAAACUGGUAAAUUACCGUUCCUUUUAAUUGAUUAUAAUUUAACUACAUUAGAUAACAAAGUUUUUGAUUUAAACAAGUAUGUAAAUUAAUAUAUAUUAUUCCCCUAUUUAUGUAUUAUAAAUAGGUUUUAAGCAAGACUUACCUUUAAUCAAUCAUGUGUAACUAAAUUAUCCUAAAAUACAUAUGUCAAUUGUCACACCCAUGAUAAUGUAAUCUAUUUAAAAAUUAAAUUGUAAAUUGAAUUCUUCACUGACAUUCAAACAUUCAAAGUUGCUAACACAUUUGUUAUUUAAUUAGUCUAUAUUGUUCACUACGAAACUAUGUACAAAUAUUCUACACAUCACAUCUUUAGUGGCAGUAUUUACUUCUGGAAAUAAGAAGUAUGCUGGUUCAACAAAAUUUAUCAGUGGGUAUCAAAGAGAUUGUGACUUGUUGAUUUAAUAUAGUUUGAACCAUGAAAUUUAAAAAGCAUAUGGAAACAUUUUUACAAAUAAUGAAGGAAAAAGCACAAACCAAACUUUCUGAAUCAAAUAAUUCACGAGCUGAAUUAUAUAACAGACUUGCGGUUUAUCGUCCAGAAUAUGAUAAAGUUGUUUCAUGGUAUGAACGGGUGACUGGCUUAAGUGAAGUUCGAGUAGCCCAAGAUAGAGUGUUGGAGUCUCAAAAACAGUUUAUGAAUGCUCAAGAUAGAAGAAGAGAUGUAUCAGUAGAACUAAGAACAAUUCAAAAUAAACUAAAAGAUAUUCGAAAUGAACUUCUAAAUACUUCUAGAUCAGAAGAUAGGUAUAUUGAAUUAGUAACACAGGAACACAAUUUAUUAAAACAAGAAAAUUCUAUCAUCGAUCGGGUUAACUAUAGUGAAAAAGAGGAAAGAGAUAGUUUCAUAUUGCUGUCCACCACAUUGAAAGAUAGUCAUGACCGAGAGAGAAUACAAGCGGAGAGGACUAAAUAUGUAUCUAUUGUUGGCUCAAUUCUGGGUACUAUUAUUGGUAUAAUUGGAAGUACUUUAAUCAAUGCAUGGAAAAUGAAUGAAUUCAAAAGAAUGGUGUUGGAUGCCAAAUUGGAUUCAUCAAAUUCAAAUAAAAGUGAUCAAAUAAAACAUUUAUUGUUACAAGUUCAAAAACAAAAUAAAAUGUUGAAAAAUGCACAGUUCAAGUUAAAUUCAGAUAAACCGACAAGUAUCGUAGAGCCAGACUGGAAAUACACUGACCGUGAUGUAAUUAUUCUAACAACUAUAAAUUGUACUAUAGUAGCUCUGUCAGCAUAUUUAGUAUCUAAAUUAUUUUAAUCCGUGAUACCUGUUCGAAAUGUUGAAAUGUUGUUUUUUAUUAUUGUUAUUGGUUUUUUUUUUUUUAAUAAAUGAUGUUUCCCCAUUAAGCUAGUUAAUGUACAUUAAGAAUUUUCAUGUGAUAAAUAGAAGUCGGAUUAUUAUGAUUUUAA